AUGGCUGAAUCUAAAAAUGCAUCAGAAUCAGAUUCACCGUCGACUGAAGAAUUAACUGAUGCCAUUGUCGAUGAUGAUGACUCAAUGAAAUCAAUUGGUAUUGAGAUAAGCAAUGUUUUAUCUUUGGAUGAUAAUGAGAAUAAAGACAAAAUUGUUAAUGAUUUAUUACAAAAUGGUCGACAGUCAUUGAUUAAAUAUGAAGAAGAUGUUAUAUCAAAAACGUACAAAGAAGUAAUGAAUGAUACUGAUAACAAACUGAUGGAGUUAUUAAAAAUGUAUUUUGAAAAAAAAUGGGAAACACAAUAUGGCGCAUCUAAUCCAUGGUUUAUCUCAUUUCUUGAACAAUAUAAAAAUGGAGAAGAUCAUGAUAUUUAUGAACGUGUGUUGAUUCGUACAGCAGAAUAUGGAAAUAAAUAUAUGAAGGAUUGCCCAAUAUUAUCGAUUGUUUUGCAAUUUCUGUUUGAAUCUAUUGAUGAUGAAUGUUUGAUGGAGACAAAAGUUUUCGAUGAUUUGUGGUUCAUAAUAACAAAUGAUGGUUUGAAAUCAAUAACAAAAUAUUCGGAUUAUAUUGUCAAGAAAAUAAUGGAUGAACAAUUGAAGAGUGAAUCAGUAUUAUUUCAAGCUUUACAGGAAUAUUAUCGUGAAAAGGUAUUCUCAGUACUACAAGAAAACAAUAUUGCCAAGAAGGGAGAUCUAUAUGAAUUAGCACUAGUUCAUGUUGUUGAAGAUGGGUGGUUGACUGAUUUGAAAUCUCUCGAAGACAACAUGACACCAAAAUCUUAUAAAAAAUCAUUGGAAAAACUUCAUUCGCUUCAUCAGAAGCAGAAACCAGCAGAAAAAGACAACGCAAAAGUGGCAGCUGCUGCGUCAACGUUGGAUAAAAGUGAUGAGACAUCCGGCAAACAGCAAGAUAAUUUUGUAUGGCCAACGGUUACAUGUGAUGGAUGUAAAAUGAAACCAUUGCUUGGCAAACGCUAUAUUUGUAAAACAUGUGGUAAUUAUGAUUUGUGCACUCAAUGUCAACAAAAAGGACAUGAACACAAACUAGAACUGCUACCACAACCCAUUGAUGACAAAACUAAAUCAGAUUGUCCAGAAGACUCCAAGUCACCAUUCGUAGCGCGUGCUGGUUUUACUGCAGCACAGAAUGCAUGUCAAAUAGAAGCCUUGAAACUUCAUAAUACACUCAGAAAGCGACAUGGUUGUCCUGCUCUUGUUCUGGACGAUGAUAUUAAUCGAAAAGCUCAAGCCUAUGCGGACUAUUUGGCGCGUAGCGGUCGAUUCCAGCACAGUUCAGAUCGAAAUAGUUUAGGCGAAAACUUAUAUUCAGCAUGGAGCUCAGCAGCAACGGAAAAUACUGGAUUUGGUACCAAAGCUACUCAGUCAUGGUACGACGAAAUCAAAGAUUAUAACUUCAAUCGACAAGGAUUUUCAAUGUCGACAGGCCAUUUCACUCAAGUUGUUUGGAAGAGUAGUGAAAAGCUGGGUAUGGGAGUAGGUUUUGCAGAUGGAGGACGAAAAGUAAUUGUGGUAGCACAGUAUGGUCCAGCUGGCAAUAUGAUGGGAUCGUUUCCACAAAAUGUCCCACCUCCACGUUAA